AUGGCACCCGCGGUCGCCACUCGCGCCGAGCACGACCGCCUCCGCGCGGAGCUGCUCAAGGCGGAGAAGGCGCUGACGCACCAGCGCGAUGAGGUGGCCCGACAGCGGCGCCUGCUGCCCUGGGUGCGCCUGGAAAAGGACUACGCCCUGCAGGACGCGGAUGGGUCGCCCGUCCUGCUGUCGGGCCUGUUCAAGGACGGCAAGCAGGACCUGGUGGUGUACCACAUGAUGUUCGACCCCGAGUGGGACGGCGCCUGCCCGCUGUGCUGCUUCUGGACGGAGGGCUACGACACCUACGCGCCGUUCUUCGAGGACAAGUUCAACUUCGCGGUGGUAGCCAAGGCGCCGCACGACCGCCUCAAGGCCCUCAUGGCCCAGAAGGGCUGGACGCUGCCCAUGUACAGCUCCGCGGGCAGCGACUUCAACGCGGACAUGCGCGUGCAGGACACGUUCAUGAUGAGCGGCGGGACCAAGGUGCCGCUGACGCAGGUGUCCGGUGUGAGCGUGUUCCGCAAGGAGGGCGACGUCGUGUACCACACCUACACCACCAAAGACAGGGGCGUGGAGGUCUUCACGCCGAUCUGGGCGUUUCUAGACAUCCUUCCCAACGGGCGAGAGGGAUGGCAGCCAAAGCACAAGCACAUGUACAAGAAGAGGGGAUACCACCCUGAAAAUGGGGCCAUCCAAGCUGAAGCCAUGAAGGACUGA